AUAUUUCUUUUGUAAUCUCACUCGCCUAUUCAUAGAUAACGAGAUUUCGCCUAACCUUUAAUAAUAAGAAAAUUUUCAAUGUUUUUUAAUGUAAUUUCUAAGGCACGAUGACCCUUUUUAAACUUCCUCGUUGGUUAAGAAUGUACAUUAGGAGCAGAACGGGGCCCAUUGAAGAAAAUACAGCAGCUUCGUGGAAACAGAAACUUUCCAUAGCUUAUGCAAUUAUUGCUUGGAAUGCUUUUGGUGUUGUAGCCUAUAAUAUUUUUUCUGGAAAAGCUGACUGGGCAGCACAUUAUGGGAUUAAAUCAGAAGAAGAAUUGUCACAAUCUCCUGGUCAGCUGUGGGCUAAAACACUGGGCAUUAAAAAUGCUACUGUAUAUAGAAUUUCAGGAUUUGAUGUCAAAACCUACACGAUCAGUGAUUCAGAAGAUACAAAAGAUAUGUGAAUAGUUUAAUUUUACCUAGAAUAGCCAUUACAUAAUAUAAGCAAUAACAAAUUAUGCAAAAAUGUUUCAAAUUGUUCCCAAAAACUAUUGCCAUCAAAUUCCCUCUUUAAAAUAGAAAUAUUGAAGAUAACACUACAAAACAAAAAGUGCAAAAAUUUCUGUACCCAACUUUUUGGAUUAAAAGCUCAUUUCCUGCUUUAAUUUAAUUAUGUAUUAAAUUAUUUAUUGUU